CGUGGGUGCUGGGUGGGCAGUGGCAGCCUCGGAUCCCCGAGCGAUCGCUUUGCCGCUUGCGACGCCCUUCCGCUGCGGGCUCCAAGCCACCAACACCGCUCGCUCGCUCGCACCGACCGCGCCAUCCAUCAACAGCAGCAGCAGCAGACGACGGCGAGCAGCAGCAUCAGCAGCAGCAUCAUCAGCAGCAGCAGCAGCAUCUCAGCCAUGGUGGUGAAGGUUUACUACACCAGCGUGGCGGCUUCGCGCGAGGUCAAGUCCAAUCAGAGCGAGGUACAAAGAGUGCUGGAGGCUAAGGGGUUGAAGUUCGAGAUGGUGGACAUUGCCGCAAAUGAUGAGCAUCGGCAGAAUAUGAGGAAGCUAAGUGGGAACCCCACCGCCAUGCCACCACAACUCUUCAAUGAAAACGCCUACUGUGGAGACUAUGAGAAGUUUGCUGAAGCAGUCGAGCUGGACAGCAUUGACACCUUCCUGAAGCUCAAGUGAAGACAUCCUCUUCACAGGCCUCGACCUGCAUCUGUUAACCCUUUUGCUGUGCUUAACUCUCUUCACAUUAUACUCUACGGCACUGGUCAUUCUUUUUGUUUUAUACUAAACCUUGAUGACUUGGUCUGCUCGGGGUGAACCACCAUGAUUUUUUGAUUAUGCAACAUUAAUUGCUAUCUCUACACUCAAUGCCAUUCCUCAAACAUCUCUUGAAACAUCUUGUUACAGUAUUUAUCGCUUAUUGUUUGAUCGUUUGCAUAUUAAAAUCACUUGCGUCAUUCCUCUUGCGCACAUUAAAAUCACUUGCGUCAUUCCUCUGCUGGUCGCACAGCCAUGCAUUCCACAAUACAUGGGGUACUGAAUGCACAGCAACAUUCCUAAUUUAAAGCGUGUUCUUUUUCACAAUAAGUUAAGCAUGAAUGCAAGUAUUUGCCACGCGUAUCACCGAUGCCAUUUCUUAACCUUUUGUUCGAGGUGCUUAUAUUGCAAAAUCACCACGUUCUGCAAUCGCCAUGACUUGUAUGCAAAUGUAAUGCAUUAUAAAGGUGUAAACAUUUUUCUCUCGUUUUCUUGCCAGUCUGAGUGCAAAGCAAAAAAAAAUUUGAAUUCUUUCCUCCGCCAUCACUAUCUAGGGAAAUAUGGGUGGGUGUAAACGUGCGUCUUUGUGCCACAGCCCGCUUAGCUGGAAAAUAAAUGCACGUUCUCUAGUUCUGUGGCAAGAAGUGGUCUUUGUGGAGGCUUUAUGAAGUUUUACGUUAGUGUUAAAUUCAAUGUGGUUGUAAUCAUUUAAUAAUUACUGUUUUUAUAAUUAGACAUUAACAAUUUUCCCUUUCCCCUUGAUUUUUGGAAUUUAUACUAUAUUGAAUUGGCUGUUGGUUGCCCUCAAAGGGGGAGGCACUUUGGUGUUGGUCCAGAGUUUGGUGCCACAAACAAAAUUCUGGUUGAUUACAAAGGAGGUGGUUCACUGGAACAUAACUUACGUUCACACAAGUAACACUUUGAUGGAUUAAAAUGAAGGGCACAUUUAUUUUGUAGUCGGCAGAAUGUCAUUUCAUGAAACACUGCAUGUUUUCUUCCUCGACUACAAUUUUGUUUUGAAAAUAUCGAUUUGGUUGGACAAUCGUGAAAAGACAACGUGCAAAUACAUAACGCAUGCUAAGAUGCAAAAUCAUAAUCAUUCAAUAGGCUACACCUACAUCGUAUUCGAGGUGAACUGCGUAUUUUUCACUGUGGCAUAUGUUAAUCAUAAUAGUACUUGUUUUGUCGUGGCCACAAAGCAUCACUUGCAGUUGAAAGGGAUUCCGUCGACUGGAAAUAACGGUCUCAUGACAAAGCUUGCAUGAAAUACGUAAUUAUAAUUCCCAUUUUUUGCUUAGACCUAAUUACAUAAUGAAAUUCCAUGGAUGUGUCCGGACACUGGAAAAAAAAAUUAAGCAUGAUAUGCUUUGUAUCGCUGCAUUAAAAUAACACUCAGUGCUUAAAAGCUUGGCCUUUAUGCCAACAAUAUUUAUCACAUGUACGCAGUCCUCGUGUUGAGUCUUGUUUACUGGAAUUUAAUGUUGCAGUUGCAUUGAUCUGCAUCCACUGCUUGUCAAAUAGGUACUGUGAAUAAUAGACCCACGGAGGUGAUUUGAUUGCAUUUCUCUGCUUGUCCACUGCAUCCUUCCAGCAGCAAUAAAUUUUAUUUUUUGAAUCUAAA